AUGAACGUAGCGUUUACCGCAGGUUUGGCUCUUAUGGUCUAUUCUGCAGACGAGUGCGGAGAAGCGGUGAGAGUGGUCAGAUUUGACUUGCGCAAUGUCAAUCUCCCGACAGCCGAGAAUGAAUGCUACUGGAUUCAAUUCAGAGGUGACCUUAUUAGGCCACGAGCAUUUGGUGACUCGAAGAUUGCGAGAAACAGAAGGAAAAGAGGGCUAGGCCCUUUUGGCGUGAUUGAACACGAAGGGCUCGUCCCUCUGGGACAAACUGCGAUGGCAAGGCGCGUUGGCAUCACUGCCCUUGGUAAUAUCUUCAGAUUUGAAAAUCCCUGGAAAGAAGUAGCCUGA